UUGCUCUUCAGUACAGCUUGCAAUGGAAAUAUCAUCACCUAAGAAUUGUCUACGUCGACAAGUUAGAUCUUCAUUUGUGGAGGCAGAGCAGACAUUUGGCACCGCAACAUGCCUUCACUCCACUGGGAGAGAGUGUUACUUGGGACUGCUUGCUGUGCAGUGGCUGUGACCCUCUGUUCCCUGUGCAUUUGGCAGCUUGUCGUCAGGUUUCACAAAGAAACUACAGGACCUGUGGUACCUCCUUGCUUCUGCCUCAAUGGUGGAUUCUGCCAGGAUAGAGCCUGUGUGUGCCCCAACGAGUGGGUUGGACAAUUUUGUGAUAUAGUUAACUUUUGUGAAGACAGCAUUUAUACAGUGAAUGCUUCUGAAAACAUUGUAAAAAACCUUACUUUUGAAAGGAUUUUUGUAGGUAAAUACAGCAGCUCCAAAGAGAAGUGUGAACCUAACACUGUGAAUGGUAACUCUUCAAUUGCAGUCCGGCUGUGUUCCAGAAAGGGAAUAAUUCCAGUUUUAGAGACUCCCAGAAUUCUGAAUUGUAAUGAAAAUCUGGACUCUUUAGCAUUACAGGUGGAAACUCCAGACACCAGCAGUGUUUCAGCAAUUGCAAGUAAUCCUCAGAUCCUUACCUCCAUUCCCAGUCGACUGACAACGCAGGACAUCUCUGCUGCUGCGAAUAUUGCAGUGCAGACUCUAAGAAAACCAAAUGUUUCAGAAGAUACUCAGGCAUCUGUGGCAGUUCUGACUAUAGUAAGUCAGCUCUUAGAUGCCAACAAAACAGAAUUCAAUGACAAUAAUCUUGUCAAUGUUACAGCAAGUCUCACAAAAACAAUGGAAGAAUUUUCUUUGAUGGGCAACGUCACUCAGCCCAGUGUUGCAGCCCAGUCUGUUCCACUGAAAUUGAACUCCUCUACAGUUCUGUCUUUGGCACAGAGAGAUACAACCUUGUCAUAUUUUCCAUCAACAAGACUAGACAUACAGGAAAACGUCCCUGGGCUUACUAGUGAACUCAGUACUGAAGUCCAGAUACUGCUCAAUAUUAAAAGUAACAAUGCCUGGUGCAUGGUUGUGGCUGUCCUGCUGCACUACUUUUUGUUGGCAACGUUUAUGUGGACAGCACUCAAUUCUGCACAACUAUACUUACUGCUGCUUAGAACCAUGAAACCCUUUCCUGGACAUUUCAUUGUAACCAUGUCAGCAAUCGGAUGGGGGGUCCCUGCUGUAGUAGUUGCAAUAACACUUGGAGCUACUUAUGAAGAAGGGAAAGCUUUAAACUACUGACAGGAAGAAUUUUGCUGGCUUGCAGCCCUGGAUCAAAAUCAGAAUUUCAGCAUGAAAAAACCCAUGUUCUGGUCCUUCCUUUUGCCAGUAGCAUUUGUACUCCUCUUUAACAUUAUCAUCUUCAUCAAGAUCAUUGUUUCUGUAAUAUGGAAUGAGAACAAGAAUCUGACAAGGAAUAAAAAGGAUUCACUCAUGAAAAAGAUGACUGCCACUAUCUCUAUAGUAGUGAUGCUUGGAAUCACCUGGAUGAUUGGCUACCUCAUGCUAAUAAGACAUGAGGAAAUGAAUCUUUUUUUCAGCUAUAUGUUCUGCAUUUUUAAUGCUACACAGGGACUUCAGAUUUGUAUUCUGUACACUUUCAGAUCACCAAUCUUCAAGAAAAAAGUUUCUGAAGUGUUUUCUGUUUUGAGGGUAUCAGGGAUACAAAUUUAUCUGCAUUCAGAAAUUUAGCAUGUUUCAAAAUCACAGCCUGCAAAGCAUUCCCAAGGAAUUUUCAGGUAAUCUGAAAUUUCUACAGAAAAUAUUUCCUUGUCCACUCUCCCUAAUGGCUGUUAG